AUGUUUGGAGGAUUUGAGCCACCCCAGCUUUCCGAGGAGCAGCUUCGUAUGGCCGAGGAGGAAGCUACCUUUGCAGUGAAGCACUUUGUCGCCGCCAGCGUCAUCCUCUACUUCUCUCCCUUCGCAAUCGACGUCGUUUCGAAGCUGUUCUGA